AUGACAGGCGAAGAUUGUAUGAUUCAAGCCUAUGACCCCGAGGAGAAAAUCCUGGACUAUCAGGCUGUCUGCCAAUUUGCCAAGUUACUUCUGCAGCUUGACACAGCGGACAGACCAGCCACGACACUUCAGCCGGAAUCCGAGGAUUUUGCAAAUGCACGGUUGGGAACCACUGUUGAGGAGUUACUCAAUCGGAGGGUCGGAUAUCAUUCUCUACAACCUUUUCCAAUCGUCCUGAGAAUACUACAUUCCGGCCUUUGA